UGACAGAAAAGCACUUGCCGGGUGUUGAUUUAUGGACAAUAAAAUAUUCACACGACAAGCUUAGCUACCUGAUAUGCCAUACAGCAGCCACAGCAGUCUGACACAGAAUCAAUCAGAGAACACGUGGAUGGCUUGAGGACUCUCUGUACACUGGAAAGGAAGAGCGAGUAAGUGAGCUAGGGAGUGAAUAGUGGAGUCAGCGAGCGAGCACUCGUUGUCCCUCCUCGGGGACAGCAAAUUUCCACCAGCACAACCCAACAACUUCUGUUCAAAGACCCCGAGAGCCAGUGGCUGCUGUCUAUUUUCUCUCUUUCCUUCUCAUCGCGAUCUAUCCCACUGCACUUGGAGGGGCAAUAAAUAGCCACAGGUUCGCUGAGUGUGGAGCUGCUAUCUAAUCAAAGCUUAAUUCAACACUGCCGCAAAACAAUUUAUCCGACAAAGUACUUGGCGAUAGAAUACAACCUCAGGCACUCCCUCAAUCUCUCUCUCUCAAGCUCAACGAGGACGUGAAUAAGAGUGUGUGGCCUGGAGGGUCAGGUCUGCACCCAGAGGAGAGGGCGAGGCGUGGAGCAGCCAGAGAGGGUGUGAAGUGGGGUGGACGAGAGUGUCUCCUUGUCGUCCAUCUAGGGGGGAGCAGAGGCUUCUCCAGCCUGUCUGCAGCUCACCACACUAAAAUAACCCAACACCCACAAGAGGGAGGCUGUUGCCCAGCGGGUGUGAGGAUUGGACACACUUCAAGGGCAGAGGAGCCCACCGCCAGACUGAUAGAUUGGAGUGUAAGAGCACACUACAGGAGAGUGGACUGAGGGGAGUUUACUUGCCAAGCAAGAUCCCGUUUGCACCAUGCCUCUGAGAGACUCAGUCACCCUGCUGCUCUGGAGUUGCUGUGUACUAAUGGUCAUCCACCAAUGCGAGGCUCAAGCUCUAAACUGCACGUGUAAUGUGACCAAUAGUCGGUGUGACGAGAAUGCGGUGUGCAGGUGUGACCCGGGUUGGGAGGGGCAGCAGUGCGACGUCUGUGUGAAAAUGCCAGGCUGUGUCCAUGGAUCAUGUCAUCAACCCUGGCAAUGCACCUGCGAGCCUGGAUGGGCAGGGCGCUUCUGCGACAAAGAUAUCCAUGUUUGUACAAAUGAGGCACCUUGUCAGAACGGUGCCACUUGUUACGCCAACGUUUCAGGGGAAUACUCCUGCCUCUGCCCCGAGGGAUUUCACGGGAGGAACUGCGAGCACAAGACAGGACCCUGUCAUAAGACCGGCAAGUCUUCAUGUAAGAAUGGCGGGCAGUGUGAGGACAGUGGCGGUUAUGCUCCAGAGCUCUCCUGCCGCUGCCUGGCAGGCUUCACCGGGCCGCGUUGCGAGAACAACAUGGACGACUGCCUGAUGCGCCCCUGUGGUAACGGUGCCACCUGCCUGGAUGGCAUCAACCGCUUCUCCUGCCUCUGUCCCGUGGGCUUCACGGGCCGGUUCUGCACCGUCAACCUGGAUGACUGUGCCAGCCAACCUUGCCUUAAUGGAGGGCGCUGCCUGGACCGCGCCAGCACCUUCCACUGCCUCUGCAAGCCUGGGUUCACUGGCAGGACCUGCGAAGUGCCCUUAAGGAGCCCAGAGAGCCAAGCGCCCAUCAGCAGCUCCCAUGACUGGGCUGGGGGAGGUGGGGGCUGGGGAAGAGUAACUCAGGCCAGGCCAGAACAGGACAUCACGAGGGGGGACAAUAAUAGUGGAGACAGGCUGCUGAAGAUCUCUGUGAAGGAGGUUGUGACCCAGUGGGGGUCGUCUGGCCUGUCAGAGGUGCAGCUCAUCACCCUCCUGGUGCUGGGGGGCAUGACACUUGCUGUGGUGGUGCUCACAGCUGGCCUGGUGCUGAGGGGGCAUUGGCAGGACCGCUGUGCAAGCUGCCGGUGCGGCCUCACCCCCCGCCUGCACCCGCUGAAACACCGAGACCGCCAGCCGCCCCCGCAGAGCCACCUAGUCACAGUGGAGCAGGAGUGUAAGAUCAGCUUCCUGCACACGCCCACAGCCCCAGAACUGGAGAAGAAGAAACUGAACACUGAGGUGAUUUAGGUUAUGUUUACUACCUCCACAGCCCUGAACACAGGACACAGACUGCUCUCAGCAGAGGGAAAGCCAUGCUUUUAUCCCAGCCCUGCCUCCAUGACUGAUUUUCUUCAGUACUGACAGUCAAAAUACAGACAACAUACCGACCUAGGUAUCGAUACCUAAAGAGACGCAGGACCAAGAAGGGACCAGUUGGUAUGUUCAAGGGUAAAUGUUAGGAGUGGCAAACACAUUCUCCUAACAAAAGGAGCGUAGUCCUAAUAUGACGGAUUAUUUGUUGACCAGAGGGGUAAAGCGGAGGUACAUCAUGAGUAAUAUACUCAAGUUCUUUGGUUACUUGUCAUGGACAACCAAUGUGUAAUUUGUCCGUCCUCAAAAGCAGCUGAUGCGGUUUCUUGGCAUGAACUGCAUGUAAGACAGGCCUACUGACAGACAGCUUUGGAAUGCAAGCCGAGACAAUGCCCUUGUUAUGUCAACCUAAUUGGUGUACUGGUAUUUGUCACUGCUGUUCUCGUCACGAUAUUAGGCCAAAAUGUUAGACAUGAAUGAAUCUACCCAUAUUUUUCCAAAUGGGCUCUGACCUCGGAACAAGCUCUGCAGUGAGCAGAAUUCAGACAUCCAGACAAAUUAUUGCCUGAGUUCAUGUUGUUUUAACAGUGUACUUUUUAUACCACAGACUAAAGAGCUGCAACACCACAACACCUACUUAAUUUAAGUAACUGUCCAGUGUUUCCAGAUUUCUAUGGAAUAUGACCUAUAAUUAAUUACCAUAUGAUUAAAAUAGUUUUCCUUCUAAAAAAGUGUAAUAAUGUAUGUAAAAAAAAUCUGCUUUUCUGUGUUGGAAUGGUGUGUGCAUACCCCAUAGAUAGAGACAGAUAGAGGCACGGGAAUGGCCAUUUAGGGCUUUCAACAUUUGAAGGUAGUCAACAGGGUUGUACUUUCUAUGGGUGAAGGAAGGAUGACAUGAUUCCAUCCAGGUCAUCAGGAGGGAUCAGCCAAUGAAUUAAACUUGUGAGAAAACACUAGGUGGCCGUAUGUACCUUUUCGGUUUGUUUGUCAACUCAUAGAAGUAGAAGAAAACUGACUACUUCAAAAUAAAGAUAGCCUUAAUGGCGCUGCCUGUGCGCUCACAGACGCCAUCAUGGGACAUACACUGAGUGUACAAAACAUUAGGAAGCCCUGGUCUUUCCAUGACAGACUGACCAGGUGAAUCCAGGUGAAAGCUAUGGUCCCUUAUUGAUGUCACUUGUUAAAUUCACUUCAAUCAGUGUAGUUGAAGGGGAGGAGACAGGUUAAAGAAGGAUUUUUAAGCCUUGAGACAAUUGAGACAUGGAUUGUGUAUGUGUGCCAUUCAGAGUGUGAAUGGGCAUGACAAAAGAUUUAAGUGCCUUUGAACGGGGUAUGGUAAUAGGUGCCAGGCGCACCGGUUUGAGUGUGUCAAGAACUGCAACACUGUUGGGUUUUUCACGCUUAACAGUUUCCUGUGUGUAUUAAGAAUGAUCCUAAGGACCCAAAGGACAUCCAGACACCUUGUAGAGUACAUUCCCUGACAAAUUGAGGCUUUUCUGAGCAAAAAAGGGGGUGCAACUCAAUAUUAGGAAGAUGUUCCUAAUGUUUUGUACACUCAGUGUAUAUAAAGACGAUAUCUCGAUCUAUCACUGUGGAGUAACGCAACAACAGUGAUGUGAGUGUAUACCGGUCAUUACAAAUAUUCAUGUGUAGACCGCUGAUUGGCAAGCUCAUCCUUCUCUAUGAGGAAAUAGCAAGCAUUUUUUAAAUAUUCUGUUUGAGAUACACGUUUGAGGUGGGGACUUUGUGUUUUUUUUAUUUAUUUAUGCUUUGGCCACAUGAGUAUAGGAUGAGUCAACAACAUUAUUGGGGUAUUACUUAACAGAAUAUGAACUUUUAAGAGUGAGAUUUUCACUGGACAGUUACUUUAAAUUAUAAUUGUAUUAUUUAGUAAAAAGUAAUAUUCUGUCAACACUGAAAAUGAAUUCGUGACAUGUUUACUUCUGUAUGGUGUUUAAUAGCGAAUAACAAUAUGGAUUUGCUUAACAGUAUUUUGAAGCUGUACAUUUUAUUUAUUUUCUGUAAUUUAUUUGUAGAAUGUGGUCUAUUUACAAUGAGUCUUAUUUUUUAUACGGAAUUGUCUGCAAUAAAGUUGUGAACUGUU